CGCCCUCUGUCUCCCGCCGUGCCGCGCGGGGGCGCUCGCGGGAGGCGCCGCGCGGCGCUCGGGCGGGGCGGCGGAGCCAUGGCGGUGGCUAGGCUCUGCAGAAUUAGGACUAAGGUCUGCAUGGCACCAUCUUUGGGGAGAUGUCUACAAAAGGAGCUCUGGACAAGGCCGUGGAAAAAGGAAGAUGCUUGCCCACCCUGUUCUUUCAGAACAUGGGAGUGUUUGCAGACACGAAACCAGCGAGUUAAUGGUGCUAAUAAUUAUCUUGGGAGACAGCGAGAGCCGUCUGUGUGUCUGCACCAUUCAGCCCCUGCUGCUGUGGUCCAACAAAAGCCUGUGGAUGAGAAAACAGAAGAAUUCAAACUGGUGUACCGGUUUCCGGGGAUUAGGUAUUGCAGGGUGCUGUCCAGGAUGAAGCUGUUACAGACUGCCACCACCAUGGUCAUGCUGCCACCCGUCUGCUACUUCUACCUGCAAGACCAGGUUUCUCAGAAUAUCCUCUUAUAUACAACUGGCAUUGCGAUCUUUGCUGGUGCAAUGCUGUAUGGUAUGAGCUACUUUUUCAGACGCAUUAUUGGAUUAAUCUAUUUAAGUGAAACUGGCCAUACUGUCAGAGUGGCCCACUUGACGUUUUGGGGAAGGCGGAAGGACAUUUACUGUCCCAUAGAGACAGUGAUGACUUUGGAUGAAGUUGGAGAUAGCAAGGGGGAGCUACUUCUCCAGUUCAAACGCUAUAAUAGUACAGAUAUCUUAUAUUUUACGAUUAAGUUUGGCCAGAUUGUAGACAGACAGAAGUUUGCUCAAAUAUUUGGAGAAUUUCAGUGAUAUAGCAGCUAAUUUCCAAUGAUUUUCCUUGUGGCAUGUUCAUUGUGCUUAUUCUUCUGUGAAGUUUAGUUUACCAAACUGACAUCUGUCAUUUUCCCACGCAAAGCCUGCUGCUAAGUGCACUCAGCAUGGAAAGUAAAAAUGGUAAAGAAAAAUUCACUAGAUUAAAUGUCUUUGCAACUUGUUUAACUUGCUUGUAUGAGCAGCAUCUCUUCCAUGUCAGAUACCAUGAUGUGCAUGGUGUGUUGUCACCAGCAGUCCUGAGUCUGAACCGUCCUACUUGGCAUGUGCCGUAGGGGGCCAAAUUACCAUUGCUGACCCGGACUGCUUCAGCUGGCCUUGUUUGUUCUGAAACAGGAAAAACUCUUGAAGUCAAAUGCAGUAACAGUGCCAGAGCGUCCUCACUUUAAAUUCGUAGUUUUAGUUUGUUUCUUCAAUCUCUUGAACAAAUUUAAAUUUGUCUUGUACAUACAUAUGAUAAAUAAUGCUGGAUGUCAGAGAGAUGCAUGCUCAUGCAUUAAUGACAUUGAGGUAACUGGAAAGAGCAGUAUACAGUGCUGUGUGAGGUGGGGGGGUGUCCUGGCAAGGGCUUUAGGAUGUGAAUGUAACUGGGCAAAACGAGGGUGCGUGCUGCAGGACACACUGACAGUUCAGCUGGAAGGGUAAGUUAAAGGCUGGGACAGCAUUUCAGGAGCCUCUCAUAGAAAUUGCUUUCCCGCUGGAAUCAAGGAAGAAUGUACCUCAGCUCUGGUGCUGUGAAUUACAGGGGCAGCCUGUGAUUUGUUGUUUAGAUUGGAUCCUAAUGAUCAUCUGAAAAUUGGGAACUACUUGUCCUUCUUUGCAUAUUUUCAUGUUUGUGUUUGUUUUGCGUGUGAAUGACAUUCAAUCAAUGCUGUAACACUUGAGUUGCAAAAACUUCAGUAAAUAUUACCAAAAUUA